AUGCGGUUGAAUCCCCUCAAGUGCGCCUUCGCCAUGGAAGCUGGCAAGUUCCUGGGAUUCAUGAUAACUCAGAGAGGGGUAGAAGCCAACCCGGAGAAAUGCCAGGCAAUACUCCAGAUGAAGAGCCCGGGUUGUGUCAAGGACGUCCAGAGGUUGGCAGGGCGGUUGACCUCAUUAUCCCGAUUCCUCGGAGCUUCGGCAACAAAGGCCCUGCCAUUUUUUAACCUCAUGAAGAAAGCGAUGGUGUUUGAGUGGACGCCCGCAUGUGAAGAGGCCUUUCGGCACUUCAAGGAAAUCCUGGCGGCGCCUCCCGUCCUCGGGAAGCCAAAGGACGGGGAACCACUAUACCUAUACCUCGCCAUAACGGGUGAAGCCCUAACCGCAGUUCUGGUACGGGAGGACGGAAAAGCUCAACAGCCAGUCUAUUUCAUAAGCAGGGCCUUACAAGGGGCGGAAUUAAGGUAUAGCAAGUUGGAAAAGCUAGCCCUAGCACUUCUAACCUCCUCACGAAGGUUAAAGCAGUACUUCCAGAGUUACCCAGUUGUCGUCAGAACGGACCAAGCGAUCCGACAAGUACUCCAAAAACCCGAUCUAGCGGGAAGAAUGAUGACUUGGUCUAUCGAACUCUCCCAGUACGACAUACGAUACGAACCCCGGCAAGCCAUCAAGGCGCAGGCGAUGGCGGAUUUCCUCGUAGAAGUAACGGGGGAUCCAAGCGAAGAAGGGGGUACACGGUGGAAGCUCCAUGUGGACGGAGCCUCCAACCAGACCUUCGGAGGUGCAGGGAUCAUCCUGGAAAGCCCGAUUGGGGUUGUAUACGAACAGUCGGUCAGAUUCGAGUUUCCCAUCUCGAACAACCAAGCAGAAUAUGAAGCCCUUAUAGGAGGCCUAGCCAUAGCAGCAGAAGUCGGCGCAAGAAGACUGGAAAUAUGCAGCGACUCCCAAGUCGUCACCUCCCAAGUAAACGGUAGCUACCAAGCCAAAGACCCCUUGCUACAGAAGUACUUGGAAAAGGUUAAAAGCUUGAGCCAAAAGUUCGAAGAGGUCACGGUCCACCAUGUACCUAGAGAAAGGAAUACACGGGCAGACCUCCUAUCAAAGUUGGCCAGCACAAAGCCAGGGAAAGGGAACCGGUCUCUCAUCCAGGGCAUGGCAAGAGAACCGGCAAUCACGUUGCACAUGACAACCCUAGGUCCUUCCUGGCUAGACCCCAUCACCAACUUCCUAGAACACGGCAAACUCCCUAGUGAUGAAAAGGAUGCGGCAAAAUUGAGAAGGGAAGCGGCCAAAUACGCCGUCAUCCAAGGACAGCUGUUCAGGAAAGGGCUCAACCAGCCCCUACUGAAGUGCCUACGCCCCGACCAGACGGACUACGUCCUCAGGGAAGUCCAUGAGGGCUGCUGUGGGCACCACAUCGGAGGUAAGGCCUUAGCAAGGAAACUAAUUCGAGCCGGAUAUUACUGGCCGUCGUUGAUGACGGAUUCCAAAGAGUUUGUCAAAAAAUGCGUAAAGUGCCAACAGAACGCCAACUUUGCCAAGGCACCGGCCUCCGAGUUAAGCUUGCUAACGACCUCCCGACCAUUCUCUCAAUGGGGAGUCGACCUCUUAGGGCCCUUCCCAGUCGGCCCUGGGCAAGUCAAGAAAUUCAUGUGGAGGCAGGUGAUAACGCGGUUCGGGAUACCGGAAGUCAUCAUCUCAGACAACGGCACGCAGUUUACUGACAAAAAGUUCAUGGAAUUUCUCAACGGCCUGGGUAUAAGGCAAAGGUUCUCUUCGGUAGAACACCCUCAGACAAACGGACAAGUGGAGUCCGCCAACAAGGUCAUCCUUUCAGGGCUAAAAAAGAGGUUGGACAAUAAAAAGGGCGCUUGGGCCGACGAACUCGCAGCGGUCCUCUGGUCCUACCGAACAACUGAACAAUCCUCCACUAAGGAAACUCCUUUUCGACUAACGUACGGGGUAGAUGCAGUAAUACCCGUAGAAAUCGGUGAGCCGAGCCCACGGUUGCUUUUGAAAGGAGUGGAGGAAACCAUAGAAAAAGACCUGAUAGAUGAAACAAGGGAAAUGGCCCACCUGACAGAAACGGCGCUAAAACAAAGAAUGGCUCUGCGCUACAACACCAAGGUGCUCAAGAGGGAAUUUGAGCCAAACGACCUCGUCCUGAGGCGAAAUGAUAUCGGCCUACCGACCCCCGGAGAAGGCAAGCUAGCGGCGAACUGGGAAGGCCCCUACAGAAUCAAAAAAGUGAUGGGAAAAGGAGCAUUCAAGUUAGAAAGGCUUGACGGCAAAGAAGUCCCGAGGACAUGGAAUGCGGACAACCUAAGAAGAUUCUACUCCUAG